AUGGCGGAAUAUUACUACAUAAAUAAGGAAAGAUACAGCACUGAAAGUCUAUCCGAAUCUUUUGCGUCAACAUCAAUACUACCACAUGCUGUGUCUUGUAAAUCACAUCCGAUCACAACGAUCAGAUUCAACUUAAAAGGAACAAAAAGUGAGAAAAAUGUCAGUGAGACAUGUCUCAACCCAAAGUUCCUGGCACAUAUCUUAGCACACCAAGAAUGUCUAAAAGCAAUAAAUGGAAACCUUAAAGAUGACCUGAAAAUGACAAUAAAACAGAUUCCUGGUAACUUCAGCGCUUUGGAAAUAUCUGUGGAAGAAGGUGUAAUGGAAAACAUGAAAUUAGAAGAAAUGUAUAAUGUUAUUAACAAGUAUUGCAGGGAACAAUUAAAAAUCAUUGAACAUGACAUUGACGAAGAAAGAUUUUCCUUUGCAGAUUUAAAGCUUGGAAAAUUUCUUAAAGGAAUGACAUAUCCUCAUUGCAUUUCAAUUUUCUUUGACGGGAAGCUGUCCUUAGCUGGACAUGGAGCUGAAAUAAUAGUCUUUGAAAGAGACAUAUUAUCCUCCAUUCUGAAUGAUGAAGUGGUCAGAGAUUCAUUUAGCAUUGAAAAAGAGCAGCUUAUGUACCUGAAAGUCAUUCAUUACGCGGAUGAAAUAUCGAAGGAUUUUUCUGUUGAAGUAGUCUUUGAAGAUGAAGCGGAAUCAGGUACUGUGGCAUUCCAUGGGUUAAGAGAGGAUGUCGUGAAUGUGCAGAGAAAUAUCAGUCAUUGUCUACAGAAUUAUCAUAAACGUUUGUGGACCAGACCAUUAAAAAGAAACGAGCAAUGCCUUUUACAAGAAAAGGAAGUCAUUCGUCACUUCAAAGGGGUUUUCAAAAAAUAUAAAUGUUCAUAUUUGAUUACCGAUGACUGCUUGCGUGUUGCACGCAAAAUAAGUGACAUGGACAUUCUGAAAACAGAAUUGGAGAAUGCAUUGUUUGUUGAAAUGAACCACAGUCUUAGUAAAGUAGAAAAGAUCUUCUUCGAAUCAGAGCAAUGGAUCGAACAGUAUAAAAUCCUUCGUAAUAAUACAAAAAAGCAGGUUAUUAUUACUGUCGAGGUAAAUGAGCUUUCAGUUACAUGUUUGCCACAUGUACAAAUUCAAGUAAAAAGCUGUCUGGAGAGCUUUUUAAGGGAAAGGAUAAAAUCUGAAUUGAUGGAAUGGGGUUGCUCUGUGGAUGCAAAGGAAUUUUUCAAAAAUGUCAAAGCUGAAGAAAUUCUCCAAAUUAGGAAUUCAAUGGAAGAUUCCAUUAUGGCAUUAUCUAUAGAGGAUGAUGGAAUUCUUGCAAAAGGCACCGAAAGCGGUAUAAAAAAAUGUAAACAAGAGUUGAAGACUAUUAUAAGCUCUGUCAAAUAUAAAAAGGGGGAAUUUGCUGCUUCUGAGGAGGCUGUUAAUCACUUCUUAACAUCAGAGGGAAAAAGAAAACUUCACGAAAUAGAGAAAAAGACUCGUAGCGUUAUUUACAUGAAAACUUUCUGUAAAAUAAAGAUGGAGCUAGGAAACAUAGAGGAAGAUAAGGGGGACGUUAUUGUAAACUCUGUUAGCACAGUUACAUCGUCUACAGCAGCACAGUCAACUGUUGCUAAGGCUAUUUUCGAGAAAGGAGGAGGUGAGUUCCAGAACAAACUUGUCCAGAAGACAAACGGAAGAAUGCAAUAUGGAGAAGUAGUGGAAACAGAGGCAGGGGGAAAUCUACAGUGUAAAGCUGUGUAUCAUGCUUGUCUGCCGAAUUCUUCAGAUCAACCCGAAAAGGACGUUCGGGACAUUGCUAUGGAAUGUUUGAAAAAAGCUGGACAAGAUCACCACACCUCUAUAUCAUUGCCGGCUCUUGGGACAGGGACCUAUAAUUACCCUCCAGAUCGUGCCGCCAAGGGCCUGCUCGAUGCUAUUGUAGAAUUCACCAGAAACACACCUUCAUUGCUGGAGAAAGUUACCAUAGUUUUAUUUGCAGAAUCAAAAAGAAAUAUUAAAGAGGCCUUUCAACAAGAAUAUCAAAGACGAUGUCAAACGGUGUCUGGGUCUUCCAUUUCGAUAUUAGAGCGGGGUUGUAUCACAUCUGGAAAAUUUACAAUUGUUUCGGAGUCACAACAGAUGCUCACAGAAGCAAAGAGAUACAUUGAAGAGGAAAUUGCGACUCUUUUAAGAAAUCUCCAAGCCUAAUCUCUGGUUUUCAUUUAGAUUCAGUCAUACUUAUGAAAUCAACUCUCUCUACUUUA